CCCUCACUGAAAUCGGGUACACAAUUCAAACCAGAGAGCCCUUUAAUCGGCCAUAGCUGUCCUAGAGAGCAAAGCCAACACACCCAUUUCCUUCAUCCAUUCCCUUUCUACAAAAACCAGUCACCAUUUUCAAACUGUGAUCAAUGCUCUGUUUUCUCUAACCCUGUUCAUUUUUUUGUAGUUGGUAGCACUUGAGUGAGUCCCUGAAUUUUGGGUCUCCUUCACUUCUACACUGUUCUUCAACAAAAGGGGACCAAAUAUCAAAGCUUUGGAGCUAAGAAGCUCGAAAUUACUGAGACCCAGAUGGGCGGACCCUGUGAUAUAUGUGGUGGAUAUACUGAUCGUGGUAAUGCUUUUGAAAAUCUGAUUGUAACUUGCUGUAAAUGCAGAAUAACUCGUGAACAUCUUUAUUGCAUGCGGGAUAAAAUUUCCUAUUUUAAUUGGGAUAAAUGGGUUUGCGAAUCAUGCACCAAGGAAGAAGGGACGCUUUGUUCGAAAUCUAGUAUUAAGGGAGAUCCAGUACCAUUGUCAGCUGAUAUAGCCCACUAUGAUGGCAGACAUUUCGCAAGCCCCAGCAAAAAUUCAGGGUGGCAAGCUCACUCUAGCAGGCAAAAGGCUGUCAAGAGUGGAAAAGUAAGGUACAUUACACAUGAAGAAGUCCAACAGCUAGCUAAUACAAAAUCAACAUCACCCCAAAAGACUUCUAUUGUGGUCAAAACCGUUGCACCAAAGUCCCCCUUAUCCAGGGUUAACGCACCUCCAGAUGUGACGUGGCCUAAACAUAGCAGACCCCCUAACAGGCAAAGCAUCUCCAUUUCAGAAAGGGGCAGCCCCUUCUCCAUUUCACAAACCGUGACGCGUCCUAGACGUGGCAGGCCCCCUAACAGGCAAAGCAUCUCCAUUUCAGAAAAGGGCAGCCCCUUCUCCAGUUCACAAACCGUGAUGCGUCCUAGACGUGGCAGGCCCCGCAAGAUGCUUAGCAUCUCCAAGAUUAAUCAGCAAGCAUCUCAAAUUAUAAAACAUUCACAAGAAAAUUGGUCUCCUGGAACACAUACAAAAGGGCACGUUAUCGAGGAAAAACCAACGGAUGGAUCAGUACUUUCUCGGGGAGCUGAAACUUCUAGUAGGAAGAUAGUGAAGGAACCGAACACACUAUCAUGCACACCAUCACCAUCAAGGCAUUCAUCACUAAAUAUGAGUUCAGGUGGUGAGACAUCUGCUGCUGAACAUAAUCAUACAGAUGGUGAAGAAAGAAACCUCCUCAACAUAUUCUCUAGUCUCCAUUUAUAUCGCGCGUCUCUUCCUGCUCUGCAUGCUACUUGGAAGGGAGGCUUCUUCAUCUUUGAUGCAGACACACCUGCUCAAUUCAUUGGUGGGUUCCAGGCACAACUUCCCUGUAAGGUUCGUCGUAGAGCCUAUGACUUAUCACAAAAAAUGCCUGCUGUUCUUCGAGCUACUUUGCUUCCUCGAUUGCAUCUUUGGGAUGAUCCGUUCCAAAAUGAAUGUCCUGAACUUAAAGAUGUUGCACUGUACUUCUUCCCUGAUGAUAACAUUGCCAGCUCAAGAGAGACUUAUGCUUCGCUGUUUGAGGUCAUGGAUACCAAAAGUUCAGUCUUGAGAAUUUACUUUGAUGGAGUGGAUGCUGCGGAGUUGCUUAUAUAUACAUCUAAACAGCUGCGUUUAGACUUGCUGGACACUGUUACAUGUCCAAAGACACAAAAUUUCUUAUGGGGAAUCUUUCGUUCUGGAAGUAAUUGUCAAGCUGACCUAGAUGACAGCGCAACUAUUGCGGAUAUGGAAGUUGACAUGGUUGGUGGAAAGAUGGUGGGAAGUGUUGAUGUAGUUGUUUCAAAAGAUUCAUCCACCCCUUGCAGAAUGUCUGAGCAGCCUAGAAUGACUGCUGUGCAACAACUUUUGUGUAUUACAAAGCAGGAGCAUUCUUCUUACCAAAACAGAAUGAGGCUUCUAGAUGCUGCUAUUAAACAAUUGUUAGGAGUUAAAUCAGAAGAGCCUCAGGACUCUGAUACUUCUGCAUCAUCAGCAAUGGAGACCACAAUUGCAUUGCAGCAAGUGAUGUUGGAGAAAGACAAUGACGAAAUGGUAGGGACUUCUUCAACUACCGAUCAUGCAGAUAAUCAGAGUUAAAAAAACCUUUUGCAGAAGAGUUUGAAAACCACACUGGAAUAUAGUUAGCUACAGAGGACUUACAGGAACACUACUUCUACAACAUCACUUCCAAAGGUAACACAGGUUUCCGUGGAGAAUGCACCUAUUCUGUUCACCAAAAAGAGUUAGAGUCAGAUGCUUAGAGCUACUCUGCUAGAGUUCACACAUAUUUUAGUUUUACAGGUCACUGAAUCACUCGUGUUGCUGGUAUGUUAUGGAUGUAUUUUGUUGGCUCAAAAAACUUAUGUCUAUGUACUAUUUGCUCUCCAUCUUUUCUUGUAUUUGCAUUUAAGAUUUUGAAUUAUUUGAUAGGGUAUGGCAUGCAAGGUUAAAUGGUUGAAUGUCUUUAGAAAAAGUCAAAAAACGACCCAACAUUUGGCCAAUGUGUAAGGUUGGGUCGUCUUUCAAUGGGUAACACAUGUAAUUAGUAAGUAUGUCAUAUUUCGAUUUUUGCAAUAUAUGAUGAGAUGAAAAUCUGAUCAUCUGUUGUAUUG